CAGGGACAGAGGCAGCAGGGGCAGCAGGAGCAGCAGGGGCAGGAGCAGCAGGGGGUGCCGGGUGUGAGCGCCUGGAUGCUGGAGUGCGCCGCGGGGUCGGGCAACCUGGAGCUGCUGCGGUGGCUGGCGGCGCGGGCUGCCGACUGCGGCGCCUGGAGUGCGGCGGUGUUCUCUCGAGCGGCGCAUGCGGGGUGCGAGGAGGUGUUGGAGUGGCUGGCGGGGCAGGGCUGCCCCAUAGCGCAGGGUGAGCAGGGUCGGGGGUACUAUUUGGCUGCCGUACGGGGCGACCUGGCCACCCUGCGCUGCCUGAAGCGGCUGGGCUACCCCUGGGGGCGGUACGGCAGGGUUUUCACGUCAAGUGUACGGCAGCCUGCUCCGCUUGCCGCCCUGCAGUGCCUGCUGGAGGAGGGGUGCCCGGUGGACUGGGGGCAGGCGGUGGCGGCGGCGGCAGAGGAGGCGGAGGGAGCGGGGGAGGAAUCGGAGAAGAGGAGGACGCUGGAAUGGCUGACUCGCCAACUGCCGAAGUAGGGGCAGCAGGGAGGCCGAGGGCAGCAUAGGGGUUAAGGUUUUGGUGGUAGGCUUCUAGUGGGCAGGAGGUGGCGCAGCACUUGGAGCGGUGUUGUUGAUGGAUGGCAUUGGAAUUGUGGGGUGCUGUAGGCUGGAGAUGGCAGUGAUGGGGAAAAGUGCUGUGGGAGGAUGCAGCGCAUUCAUGCCCUUUGUUCAAGGCUUGUCGAUAUUACGAGGAUGUGUGAAAAUUUAGUUUGCUGGGCUUUAUACAAAAGAACCCGGGGCCCAAUGGUUGCGCUGGACAUGUGCUGGGGAGGCUUGCAUGCAUGUCGACGCUAGACCAUUAGGUACUGUAGUGCCAACUGGCAGUUUAGGGCUGCGUUAAUUGCAUGGACUAUUGUACAGUAGGGGAAGUUCGCAAGGGGUCCGCGCUGCAAUGCGUAAGGCGUACGAGCUGCCUGAUGAAUUCCAGCGGUCGCCGCAAGCGGCCAUCCGGUCCAUUAGCCUAUAUCGGCACGCUUCAUUUUAGCUCAACCACAACUUAUCUUUAUCCUUACCCCUACAUGGGAUGCGUCGCCAGUUAAACAGUCUUCAAGCUAUGCCGUCGUCGCUUGCCACGUAACGUUGUUUGGUGUUUCCUAAUCUAUGUAACGUCGCAUCUAUACCAACUAUACCUGACUGCGAAUUAGGUCUUGUCGCAUCAGGAUAGACCUUCUCGGUUCGCAUUGCAUCUCCGAACCCUCUAGAGUUACUUAAAUCUGGAGGGACUCCAUCGAUAUGAUGCAUCUGGGCUAUUAAAUUAAUCUACGGUCGGCCGGAAGCUCCGGGCAUAGCAUAACCAGCGCGGCCCGCCGUCGUGCAGCAUGACCUGCACGUGCACCUCGGCUUGCUCCCACACCUCCUGCAGCUACCCCGUCGCGCCAUCCCGGCCCCGACAUCUCAGCCAUCAUCCUCGCUCAGCCCAACCCCGCCAGCGCACCAGCCCAGCCCCUCCCGCACAGCCAUGGACCCCCGCCCCUGCCCCCCUGUCAUCCACACGGCGCCCCAACUACUUGUCAUCCAUCACCACCCCAGCGACAGCAGCAGCUCCCCAUCUUCCCGCACCUCCUCCGCUGCUCUCCUCAACCCACGCCAGCGCUUCCCCGCUCCACCACCUAGCUACCGCCACCAGGAGCCCCCCAGGCCGCCGCUCCUCCUGCCGCUCCCCAACACGCAUGCAUCCAUCAUCACCCGCACCCUCAUCACCCCCACCCUCAUCAUCAUCAUCAUCAGCAGCAGCAGGGCGCACGGCGGCAGCUACCGGCUUCACCAGCUACGGCCCCACCGCACCGGCGGGCUACCCCCAGCAGCAAUCCCCCCAGCAGCAAUCCCCCCAGCAAUCCCCCCAGCAACC